AUGGCGGGCAAUUCAAAUCUUUUUGAAAUCGAUUUUUCACACAUCUGGAACCAAAAAGGCAUUUAUUUCUCUUUCUUGCUCGCUCCUUUGUUCAUUGGUCAUGGCUGGUUCUUAGAACUUCCGAUUCAGGUACAGUUACCAAGAGAUUUUAUCGGCACCACAUACAUGGUCAUGGUGCAUUCAUGGCCUCCGGAAAAUGAAUCCCAUCAUGCGGUUUUAAGGUUUACUCUGCUCCUGAGUCAAGAAGAGUGGGGUUUGUGGCUUUGUGCAACAAUAACCAAGCAAAUCAAAUCUGGAUUCAGAAACCCUUUACUCACAAAUAUUCUCCUUGGGCCUUGGCAAUGUCUGCAUCUGCACCAGAAAAAAAAAGAGGAAGUGGAUGCUUCGAACACUGAGUAUUACGAAUGGAAAGCUUUUGCUUUGGCAACAACAUCAGGAUAUAUGUUUUAGUCCAUUACUCAUAUUUUUCAAAUCACGGAAAAACACAAGAAGAAAAAAACUUGAAGAGAUUAUGUCAGCAACUUAAUUUUAUGGAUUACUCUUGUGUUUUUUUUAGAAUUUUACUUUUAUAUCAAAUAUUUAGCUUUGAAAAAUAAUUUUGUUUAUUUAUCAUGUAUAAUUUUGUUUAUUUAUCAUGUAUAAUUUUGUUUAUUUAUCAUUUUAUAACUUUGUUUAUUUAUCAUGU